AGUCUAUAUAUUCGUUGCCCACACAACACCACGCACCGUUCGACUAUCGUUUUCGUCAUACAAUUCCUCGAGAGCGCGCGUACAUCGCUGCUUCGUUAUGCUUCGCCGACAGAAAGGUGCCAAAGCCGCUUUGCAAGAGAUGCAGCUAUGUGAACCUUAACCCGAAGGAGACGUGCAGUUGAAAACCUUCGCCUCCUUCCGCAAACCGUCACUGACUGAAUCGGACCGCCGACUCUAUUGGAGACUGUAUCUGCGUAGCGCACAUACAGUUAGAGCGUCCAACUGCAGUUCUUGGAAUCGUUCAUCGCGUUGUGACGUGCUGCGACCGCAUACAUAGCGUCCCUUCGACACUGAUGCUGUGAAGCCGGCUAGACGAUACAUGGGAAACGUCGAGCGAGCGAUUACCGAAUAUUUUUAACGUGGAUAUAUCCAGAAGAAGGAUUAUUGUUUAAUAUUGAAUUUUCACUAUGGCGUUACCCGCUAACUACAAACAAGUGGCGAUGGCCACCGCCAACAUGGUUACGCCGACGAAUCAGAGAAUUCGAGCUUCCGGAGGCAGUGGUGGAGGCUCGGGAUCUAGUAAGGAUGCACCAAGCCCGUUUAUACAAACUCCGCAUGGACAUCCAGGCUUCACGCCUCAAAAGUAUGGGAAGAAUGCACCAGCAGAUUCCCGCUUGCCUAAACCGCCAAAACCUCCAGAGAAACCGCUUAUGCCUUACAUGAGGUACAGUAGAAAAGUAUGGGACCAAGUGAAAGCGCAGAAUCCUGAGCUCAAGUUAUGGGAGAUUGGAAAGAUCAUCGGGCAGAUGUGGAGGGAUUUGCCGGAGGAGGAGAAAACUGAGUUUGUGGAGGAGUACGAAGCUGAAAAAGUGGAAUACGACAAAGCCUUGAAGACCUAUCAUAAUUCUCCAGCUUACUUGGCUUAUAUCGCAGCCAAAAAUAGAGCACAACAGAAUACAGACGAAAGAGAAACUCAUGAAAGAUCAUCUGGAAGUAGCAAGAAUCAGAGUGUUCAAGAUAGGAGAAUUGAUAUCUUACCAGCUGAAGAAGACGAUGAUCAAGAUGAUGGAUAUUCUGUUAAACACGUGGCAUACUCUAGGUACAUACGUAAUCAUCGUUUAAUUAAUGAGAUUUUCAGUGAUACAGUGGUUCCUGAUGUACGCUCCGUCGUUACGACUCAAAGGAUGCAAAUACUUCGGAGACAAGUACAAUCCCUAACCAUGCACCAAAAAAAGCUAGAGGCAGAAUUGCAACAAAUUGAAGAAAAGUUUGAAGCUAAAAAACGAAAAUUCAUUGAAACUAGUGAAGUGUUUCAAGAAGAGUUAAAGAAACAUUGUAAACCAGCCGUGGAUGAAGAAGUAUUCAAUAAACUGGUUGAGAAGCAAUAUGAAUUACUCAGAAAAGAUAGGCUGAAGGGUACAGAAGAAAAUCGUCCAGACGGUCCUCCAUCGUCCGAAUCGACGCCCAAUUCCACUCCGACUCCUACACCAGCACCUAUGAAUGAAGAGACCUCUUCAGAGGCACCAGACAACGAUGAUAAAAAAAUGGAAGUUGAUAAGCCUUGUGAGGUCAAGAAAGGAACACCAUCACCUCCUAAUGUUGAAGUUAAAUCGGAAACCUCACCAUUUUCCAAUCAACUCAGCCCUGGCGGAAAUCCGCCAGGACCGAGUUACUCUUCGAUGAGUAAUCAAAUGCAAGGACCUCCUCAAGGUCCUCAGCAAAUGUCUCCUCAUCCGCCCAUGGCACAAGGACUUCCACCAGGCCAGCCGCCUGUUCCUUCUCAGCAACAAGUUGGUCCACAGCAACAACUUCCACCUCAUCAACCACAGAUGCAAGGGCCUAUGAGUCAACAGCAGCAGCAAAUGCCCUCACCCCAACAACAAAUACCAUCUCCACAACAACAGAUGCCUCCUCAGCAACAACAUCAACCACCGCCUGCUCAGCAGCAAAUGCCUCCACAGCCUCCACAACCUAGACCCCAGCAACCUAUGCCUCCAGGACCACCUGGUCAACCACCAAUGAGUUUAGAACAACAACAGCAGCAGCAGCAGCAACAACAGCAGCAGCAACAACAACAGUCACAGCAGCCACAACAAAUGCAUCCUCCACUACAGCCAUCAAUGCAAGGUGGAGAAACUCCUACACCACAACAGAUGUCUGCUCAACAUCAACAAAUUCCGCCAGGAGGACCACCUAACCAACAAGUACCACAUCAACAAUCUCAGCAAAUGCCGCCUCAACCACCGCUAGGUCCACCCCAACAAAUGCCUCCCCAGCCACAACAACAACAACAGCCACCACCACCUAUGCCACCCCAGCAACAAAUGACUCCACAACAAAUGCAAUCUCAACAACCAAUGCCGGGACAGCAACCACCGAUGCCGCAUCAACAGCCGCAACAAAUGCCCGGUCUAGAAGGUUUAUAUUUCUCAGGGUCUCCUUAUCAGCAGCAUCAACUAUCACACCAUCAAUCUCAAAUACCGCAAGGUCCUCCUGGGCAGCAACAACCAAUGCCACCGCAGCAGCAACCAAUGUCUUCUCAACAACAACAGCAUCAACAGCAGCAGCAUCAACAGCAGCAACAGCAGCAGCUCCAACAGCAGCAGCAGCAUCAACAGCAGCAACAGCAGCAGCAUCAACAACAACAGCAGCAAUCGCAAAUGCCAGGGCAGCAGCAAGGUCCACCACAGCAGCAGCAAGGUGCGCCACAGCAGCAGCAAGGAUCAAUGCCUCCACCAUCUCAACAAGGUGGACCACAACAGCAGCAACCACCACAACAACCGCAACAACAGCCGCAACAACAGCCGCAGCAGCAACCUCCACAUCCGCCUCAAAUGCCAUCUCCACAAUCACAAAUGCCUGGCGGACAAAAUCAACAACAAAUGCCGCCACAGCCACAACAAGGCCAACCACCACAAAUGCCCACUGGCCCAUCUAGUCAACAGCAACCUAUGUCUUCGCAACAACCACCCCAAAUGUCGCCGCAACAGCAGCAGCAGCAGCAGCAACAACAACAGCAACAACAACAUAUGCCUCCUCAACAACAGCAACAGAUGCCACCACAGCAACAACUUGGAGCAGGAUCUCCGUAUCCACAACAACAAGUGCCUCCUCAUCAGCAGGCUAUACCAGGAGGUCCACCUCAACCAGGUAAAAUGCCCCAGUCACAAUCCACAACAGCAGCAGCAGCAGUAGCAGCGGCAGCAGUGGCGGCCGCUAAUGCCGCAGCUAGCCAACUUCCCCCUCACCAGCCGCCCACGGGGAUGAUGCCAGGACACCCGAUGCCUCCCCACCAAGGUCCUCAGACUCCACCGGUACAUCCUCCACCUGGAGGUCCCCCUAACCCACACGGACCGCCACCAGGCAUGAUUCCCCCCGGUCAAGGAUAUCCACAGCAGUAUCAACCGCCAGGCGGCCAACCGGCUCAGAACGUACCUUUGGCUCCUCGACCGCCUCAUCCGGGUUACGGAUAUCCCCAGCAACAGUAUCAUCAACCCUACGCGCAGUACUCGCAUCCAUACUACCAUCAGCCUUACUCGCAGUAUCCGCCACAUAUGGCAAGACCGCACCAGCACGGUUCACACAGUCCUCACGGGCCUCACAGCCCACAUUAUCACCCGCAGAGUCCUCACGGUGAGGUCGGACCCGGUGGUAAUCCUUCCAUGAAUCCCGGAGCCGCCGCUGCAGCAGCCGCUGCGGCUGCAGCUGGUGGUGGUCCCGAGCAACAACAGCAAGGGCAACAGCAGCCGGGUGGUGCCGCACCUUAUCCGCCAAGUGAGGCUGAGCGCUCUGGAGCUGCCGAAGGCCAAGAUGCGCAGACUGAUGGCAAGUCGGGCUCGGGUUGAGCGCGAUACCUAUCUUCUUCUCACACGCGUUUUUGUAUAUGGGCGUUGAUUUCUAUAAGCUAACUUGAUUGAUUAUUCUCUGUCCAGGAUCAGUUUAAUUUAACUAGGUGUAAUUGUAAAAUAAAAAUAUUGUGGAAGAUAUAUAACAUGUAAUAUGGAAAAUUAGUUUAAUGAACGAGGAUGAGUAUGAGAGAAAGAUGCGUAUGGUGUGUGUUGUUUCCAAGCGACUAAUCAAUGCGUCUUCUUGCAGCUGAUAAUAACUUGUUUACUUUUGACUCUUUGAUUUCUCUAUUUGAUAUAUUCGAUGAAAUGAAUUUGAUAUACAUGAACUUGUUAGAACGAUUAUAGUUUUAUGCGCAUAUGACGAUUUUUUCUUUAAUUUUUA